AUGUCUGCCCUUAAUUAUAAAAUUGUCUUGGUAGGUGAUGUUGCUACUGGUAAAACUGCAUUAAUUCAAAGACUUAUUACAAAUGGAUUCACUGAAGGACAUGCUCAAACCAUUGUUGCAUCAUGUCAAUCAAAAACAAUAAUAUUAAAAGACAAUAAACCAGUAAAUAUUAAUAUCUGGGAUACUGCUGGACAAGAAAGAUUUAGAUCACUAAUAUCUAAUUUCUAUAGAGGGUCAUCAGGUAUUAUUGUAUGUUAUGACGUGUCUGAAAAUUCAUCGCUUGAUGUUGUUCCGACAUGGGUUGAAGCAGCUCAAAAUUCAGUAGAUGACAAUGUAUGUUGGUUAUUAGUUGGUUGUAAAUCUGAUUUAGUUAAUUCAGUUGAUGAAGAAAAACUAAAAGAGAUUAUUGAAAAAUAUCAUUUUACUCAUUUAACAUGUUCAUCUAAAACAGGAGAUAGUUUGUUUUAUUUGAUUUUAAAUAGUUGUUAUAAUAAAAGAAAUUUAUAA